AAAGUAACUUAACACACAAACGUAGUGACCGGUUGCAAUAUUUAAAAAACAUUUUUUUUUUUAAAUAAAUAAUCGAAAUGACAGGAAAAACUGUUAACCCGCCAUCAUACGAUGGCCCACCGCAGCCUUACCAGCAACAUCAACAAGGGCCAGUGAUUGUGGUCCAGGGUGCUGCACAGACAAACGUAGUUGGUCAAGCCGUGGGUCCGAAACCUGCAACUUUGACUUGUCCGUCUUGCGGAGAAAGCAUUGUAACCAGAGUUAAACAUAUGCCCACAACAAAAACUCACUUGGUAGCAUUCGGAAUGUGUGUCUUCUGUUGCUGGUGCUGCCUUUGCAUCCCAUAUUGCACGGAUUCCUGCCAGAAUGCAGACCACUACUGCCCUAAUUGUGACGCGUUCAUCGGAGUAUAUACCUCUUAGCUUGUUUUCAUUUUGACAAGCAUUUUAUGCCCUACCUGCAUUGACUUACAAUUAUACCUACCUGUCUAUUACUUUCAGAAAUCAAAUUUGUCAGUGUUAAAGAUAUGUUAUUUAUUUAUUUAUUCUUAGGAAGGUUUACAGCAUUCUUUAAUAUUAAUUUAUAAACUAAAUGUAAACUUAUAAGCCUAUUAAAAACCUCCACAUAUGACAAUCUAUAUACAAAACAUAUGUUAACACUAAUUGCUAAUCCUACAUACGCAUAUGCAUAUACACUUUAGUUAAUUUAGUUUAAGUCCAAUAAUAAUAUUAACGACAUAAAUAUAUACAUAUCCAACUAUACUAUUUAAUACAUACAUAUAUUCCACAUAAUAAGAUUUAUAUUAUUAUACCUACUUAUAAUUUGAGCAUACCCACCCACCAUAUCUAAAAUAUUUACUAGUUAUUGCCUUUUAAAAUAAUUCAAACCCACAGUUCUCUUUACAGACGCAGUGCUAGACGCAAAUAAAUCAAAGUCAUUAUCGGUGCUAUACUUGUUAAAGGUUUUACAGCUACGUAUCAUGAAUGUAUUUUGCCUGUAAUUUGUGCGGACAUUCGGUAAGUGAAGCAGAGGGCGCUGCCGCAAAGCCAGUGCGUUAGCACAAAGACCAAUCAUGGACAGCAAUUCCGGACAGUCAAUUUAGUCACUACUCACAUUGCGUUGACGCAUAUAAAUUAUACAUGCCACAUGGUGCGUAUUCGGGCCAGGAGACGAAGCAGGGAGGUGUGCUGCGGUGCGUACGUAAGCGAGAUGUUACUUUCCGAUACCGCAUUGCUCGUGUGGUACCCGGUGCGCGGAAAUCAUGGCGCCACGACGCGCAACGGACCGGCAUCGGCAGCGCCCUUGUGGCAUCACUCUUACUUGUGAAUUCAAAACUCAGGAUGUAGGUAUUGAUUUCAAUGUAAAUUUUUGCGUUGCAUUAUACGAGUAAUAAAUAACAUUUGAUGUAUCUGGGUGUUAAGUAGGUAUGUAAUUUUAUCGCGUUCAUUUUCGCUUGUAAUAUCGUCAUUGAAAAUGUUAAGACUAAGUCCAAUGCGAAAUUUGUCUUCUCUGUAUCAUUAGAGACUAGGACUGGCAUUCUUUCGUGGUUGCUAAAGAAAAUAUGCCUGGAUCGUAACAAGUGGAGAUAGCUUUCUUGCUCCGAAGCACGCGUGUUGGUCUCCGUAGUUACCGGUUUACAAUCUGCUGUACUCCAACCUGAACUAAAAGUUUUGGUGCUUUUUCUUUGACGUACAGUCCACAAAUGGAACUCCCUUCCACUGCACGUAUAUAUUCCUUCUUACGAUAUGGGAUCUUUCAAACAAGUCGUGAAGAGGCAUCUUGUGGGCAUGCAGGGUGAAGGUGGCUAGGAUAGUGAAUGUAUAACACUACACUAGGUUCCUUAACGUUUUGAUUCCACUUUCUAUUUAACAUCUGGUGCAGUGGAAUCACCUGCCUGUGACGUAUAAAAAAAAGCUGGUCAAUUACCACUCCAAUGAGAGGCGAAUGUAUUCAUAAUGAUCUCAAUAGCGAUACCAAUAGUGCCUUUGCCAACUGCCUUGUCAUUUCAGUCUUAAAUGAGUUAGAGCGGUUACACAC